AGUCGGCGCUGAUUGCGGAAGUACUUGCAGUUCGCCUGUCAGGAUCAGAAUAAGGUCAGCGAGCUCAACCGGUCCGUAUGAAUUUCCUUUGACACGAUACAUUGCUUCUGAUAGAAACUCGUUUUUUAAAAACUCAGAUAUCGAAUUCAUUUAGUCACUUCUUAUUGAUACUGCACGGAAAAGUAUUUUCUCGUCGCCUUUGAAGAACAGACAUAGUUCCAUAUUAGGCUAUAUUGCUGCAAUGGCCAUGUCGAAAUGCAACCGUUUAUGUGGGUCCUUGAUAGGGGAAUUGCUAGAUUCCAUAGAGAACGUUCUUUUCGAUUGCGAUGGGGUAAUUUGGCGAGGAGAUCAAGCUAUCCCCGGAGCCCCAGAUGUCGUUAAUUCAUUAAAGAAAAAUGGAAAGCGUGUCUUUUUUGUCACCAACAACAGCACUAAAACAAGGAGAAUGUACGCCGAUAAACUGGCUAAAAUGGGCUUCAGUGCCACCGAAGAGGAAGUGUUCGGCACAGCAUAUUGCUCAGCAAUGUACCUAAAGUCCACAUGCAAACUGAAGGGUAAAGUGUAUCUGAUUGGUAGCAAUGCAAUGAAACAGGAGCUUCUAAAUGUGGGAAUCGAACAAGUAGGCGCUGGUCCAGAUCCAAUUACAGGGGUUCAGAUUGACUGGGCCAACGUUCCUUUGGAUGCCGAAGUAAAAGCCGUUCUUGUUGGCUUUGAUGAGCACUUCAGCUAUAUGAAAUUAAACCGAGCACUUCAGUACCUCAGCAACACGGAAUGCAUAUUCGUUGGUACCAACACUGACACUCGGCUGCCACUAGAAGGAGGCAAAGCUGUCCCAGGGACUGGCUGUCUCCUUAAGGCGGUGGAAACUGCAGCCCAGCGCACAGCCCAGGUGGUUGGGAAGCCAAACCGUUUUAUGUUCAACUGUUUGUCCAGCCAGUAUGGUUUGGAUCCUGCCAAAACCUUGAUGGUGGGGGACAGACUGGACACUGAUAUUCUGAUGGGCUCCAACUGUGGCCUGAAGACACUGCUGACCCUGACUGGAGUGUCCACGGUCGCUGAUGCCACGGAGCACCAAAAGAGUGGCUGCCCAGAACGCCUUGGUAUGGUGCCUGAUUACUUUGUGGAGUCCAUUGCUGAGCUCUUGCCAGCAUUGCAGGGGUAAACCAUGACUUGAGCAAACCUCACUCUUCAAUUGGCAAAUAUGCACUGAAAGAAAUUGAACAAAAACUACCAGAUAUAUAUUUUAAAAUAUGAAUAGAGAUUACAGUUUUAAUUUAAAAUACAUUUGGAAUAAUAUUAGCGAUUAUAUUUCUGUGUGAAUGGGUUCAUGCUCAUUAAUUUGUAACUCAAGUAACAAAGUGUUUUAGAGCAAGGUACUGUACUUCCCUUCACAGUUCUGUCACACUGCAAGCUCUUCAAGCACCUUUGUAGUAAUGUUGAUACUGGCUUCCAUAACACAGUUUCUUAAGUGUAGCAGUCUCAGUUUGCAUACACCUUAGUAUUUAAUUACAAUUGGAAAUGAAAUUAAAUGAAAUAUAAUUUCUUGAAGAAUAAUUAGGUAAUGCAUAUACACACAUACAAUCUCUUUGCUUUAGAAGAUACUUUGGAGUUACUUGAAGUGUGUUUUCUUUAGACCUCAAACCAUGAAUGCUCCCAAUACCAACCAUUGUAAAUCCAGCAGGUCAUCCGAAACUUCAAUAAACAUCGAAAACAUCUUUCAUGCAAUAACGAAAGCACAUUCUAAAACUGAAUCAAAAAGAAAGUGAUCAAUCCCCCUUUUUCAAGUAUGGUUUCGUGUGGCAGUCCUCUCUAAAUGGAUUGUAGUUUUGCCAUUCUAAGGAAGGCAGUAUUCUUAAUCUGAAUGUCAAAUCUUGUAAAAAUAUGACCCCAAUCAAUAUCACCCACUACUUGUUUUUGGUUGUUUUUAAUGUCUUUGCACUUCUACUAUGUACCUUCAACACACUGUUUUGUGUUGUUUGACAGAAACGAUGCAAUGCAGAUAUGUCUGUGUACACAUCUGUUGGGUCUUAAGGUCUUGUGUUUAUGAUUUUAGCAAUGCAUUGCUGAUGCAAAACUGCACAAUUAAUUGUUUUCAACUACCUCCAUUAGUGCUAUGGAUACACUUUUCUUUCUUUCUUUUCUUUUGUUGCAAAUCUUACAUGGAUGACAUGCACUCAGCGAUUUGCAGUGUUCAUUUUGUUUGUAAAUGCAGUAUAUUGGUAUAGAGUAUGAAUGGAGCAUUUCAUAAUUACAUUUUUCCUACCCCAUACACACAGACACACACACAAAGCAAUGUACCUUUCUCAGAUAUACAUUACGUUAUUAACUGGAGAUGAGCGGAAAGUUCUUAAUAGCAUACAUGUUCAUGAUUAAUAUUAAGCUGUUGUGCCACUAUGUGGAGAUGAGCAUUUGUUUAGACAAAAGUGGUUUUACUUUUUAAUAUGCAAAGUUUAAGUGUAUUUUAUAGCACCUUCUCUUGUAAAAGCAGCCCAUGUUCUAAAAAAUACAUUUCAAAUGUACUUAAUAUAGCCCCAUAGAGGUGAGCACUGCUACGCUAAUGACAUGCAACAGCUUCCUAAAACUCAGCCAUUACACGCCCCUUCUCAAUUCUGUCCAAUUGGAACUGAUAUAGGCUUGCAUGAAAUCAUAAUUUAAAAAAACUUCAAGGUGCUUGUUGCUAUGACAACAAAAAUAAUAAAUCAUCUUAAGCAUUUUCUCCAAAGAGAACUUGAGUUAACUGUCACACUGCAGUAAAAACAUUGGUUGUCAUUUUCAGUUACAGUAAUUACUACCGGUGCAAUAUCUAACAAAAGGUCCAGACGUAGCAAGGCUGAAGUUUAUCAAAUGUCUCAUAUACUGAAGCUAAACUUCACUAUUCACUUUGUUUGCUAUCAUGAAAUGUGUCUUGAGUAUGUAGUAGAAAGCUGUUCACAAUCACAGUAAUGUCUAUAUGUAUCUGAAGUGUAAUACAUAUUAAUUAAGCAUGAUAGUCCUCAUUGUUCAAGUCUACAUUUGCUAAAAGUAAAAACUGGCAUUUUACUCUAUUUCAGUAUGAAUUGUUGAAACCUGAAGUCUUUUAAUAGGCAUAUUGUUCGAACACAUGUACUGUACAUAUAGAAAUAAAAUAACUUAGAUUUCAGAUGUUUUCAGACUGCUUCAACCUGACGAUAUGAUAUCAUUAUCAUAUCGUGAAAACAAAGUUUACUUCCAUAAUAUCAACUACAAGUAUGAUGAGUAUGAACAAUAAUGUUGCUAGUUUCCAGGUCAUGAAUGGUAAUUGUGUUUCAUUGAGAGUAAAAAUAGGCAAUAAAACAGUAUUUGAAACUGCAA